GUAAAUACAGAAAUGGUAAGAAAUUAAAGCAUCCAGACUUCCUUGUAAGUAAUACACAGACAGGUUUUGUGGUAUAUAUUGAGGUGAGGUGAGAAGAACACAGCUGCAGUGGCAUAGCUUCCUUCAACUGCGCUCAUCAGCCCAAGAAAUUAGUAGGAUGGAGUGCUCUUCCUUCCAUACGCUAAUUCUGUGUUUGCUUCUCCUCAUCAACAUCAACACUACUGCCCAUUCACAAUCCAUCAUCAACACUCUGCCCGGAUUUCAUGGAACCCUGCCUUUCAAACUUGAAACCGGAUACAUUGGUGUGGGAGAAAAUGAUGAAGUGCAGCUGUUUUACUACUUCAUUCAAUCAGAAAAUGACCCUGAAAGAGAUCCUCUCAUACUAUGGCUCACCGGCGGACCUGGUUGUUCUGGUUUCUCCGGCCUUGUGUAUGAAAUCGGUCCAUUGGCUUUUGAUCUUGAGGCUUUUGAUGGAAGCUUUCCUUCUUUCACUCUAAAUCCGUAUUCAUGGACAAAGAUUGCUAAUAUUAUAUUCAUAGACUCCCCUGUUGGAACUGGAUUCUCCUAUGCCACUACUCCACAAGCUUAUAAUUCUAACGACACUAAAUCCGCUGAACACAAUUACUCGUUUCUGAGGAAGUGGUUGUUGAAUCACCCAGAGUUUGUCAAAAAUCGCCUGUAUGUUGCUGGUGACUCUUAUGGUGGCAAAAUUACCCCGAUGGUAGCUCUGGAAAUAGUAAAAGGUAAUGACGCUGGAUUUGAGCCACGAAUGUUACUCCAAGGAUACAUUGUUGGCAAUUCAAUUACAAAUUUCAGUAAGGAUCAGAACGAAAGGGUUCCUUAUGCUCACAAGAUGGCGCUCAUACCAGAUGAAUAUUUUGAGGUAGCAAGUAGCAGCUGUCAUGGAGAGUAUGUGAACCCAGAUCCACAAAAUAUGCAGUGCCUUUCUGCUCUUCAACUUAUUAAAGAGUGCUUGAGCCGUAUAUACGAUGCUCACAUCCUGGAGCCAAAAUGCAUAUCUCGGUCAGGCCAACUAAUUCUAGAAGAUGAUCCAGUUGACCUCCUUUCCUCGUCCAAACAAGAGCAACCAUUGUGCCGUAAUUAUAAUUACGUGACAUCUUAUGUCUGGGCAAAUGAUGAAACUGUCCAAGAAGCUCUUCACAUCAGAAAGGGAACAAUAACUGAGUGGAAAAGAUGCAAUCGGAGCUUAUCCUAUGAACACGAUGUAGAAAGUGUUUUCCAACAUCAUCGACUUCUCAAUGAGAAAGGCUUUCAAGCCUUGGUAUACAGCGGUGAUCAUGAUAUGGCUAUACCUUACUUGAGCACUUUAAAAUGGAUAUGCGAUCUAAAUCUCACCCUUGACAAGGAUUGGAGGCCUUGGAAUGUCGACGGUCAAGUUGCAGGAUAUACAAUGAAAUACAAGAACAAUGAAGCCCAACUCACCUUUGCUACAGUGAAGGGUGCAGGUCAUACAGCUCCAGAAUACAAGCCCAAACAAUGUCUUGCAAUGGUCAACAGAUGGUUAUCUUCAUAUCCACUAUAUAUAGAUAUUUCAAUGUCUGAGCUUAUAAUUCCUACAACAUUUGAAUGUCUUGCAAUGAUCAACGAUAAGACGUUUUUGAACGACUGUUCUGCUUAAAGAUGCUAUGAUUAUAUUAAUAACAAUGCAAUUCCAUCUUUUAUGGGAU